CAAUGAGACGAAGCUUGGCAGUUGUUUUGGCUCUGGUGGCCGGCGUCGCUCACUGUGACGUCAGCACUAGCUACAGUGCCCCAAGCAGCAACUUUGGAGGCGGCGCAGGAGCCGUAGGAGGAGGCUUCGCCACUGGCGGCCAUGGAUCGUUCGGCGGAGGUUCCAGCGGGGGCAUCGGCGGUGGAGCUUUCGGCGGUUCUUCAGCUGGGUCGUUUGGAGGCGCUGGUGGAGCCGGCGGCGGAGUGAGUGCCACUACCAACGCGCCCUCGACUAGCUUUGGAGGUUCUGGUUCCUCUGGCUUCGGCCGCGGUUCCGGAUCCUUUGGUGGAGCCUCAAGUGGCGGCUUCGGAGGAGGAUCCGCUGGUGGAGUUUCCGGUGGAAGCUUUGGAGGUGGAUCAGUUGGAGGAGCCGCUGUGAGUGCCACCUACAACGCACCCAGCAAUAACUUUGGAAGCUCUGGAGGCUUGUCCAGCGGCGCAGGAUCCUUCGGCGGUGCAGGAUCCCACGGCGGUGCAGGAUCCUUCGGCGGUGCAGGAGUGGGCGGCGGAUCUUUCGGUGGAGCAGGAAUCACAGGUGGAUCCUUUGGCAGCGGUGCUGGUGCUUCUGCUGGUGGAUUAAGUGCAAGCUACAGUGCCCCAAGUACUAACUUUGGAGCUUCCGGAGGCUCUGCAGGAGGACAUGGCUUCGGAGUCUCCUCUUCCGGCUUUGGAGGAGCAUCUGGAGGCUCCUUCGGUGCUGGAAGCUCCUUCGGAAGUGGAGCGGGAAGUGCUGGCGUGUCCAACAGCUACUCCCCCCCACGCGGAUAG